UCAAAUUUUCCAUUUCCAAAUUAUUUUUUCUCAAUGUAUGAUGAUUUCGUUACAUAUUUUAAAUUUUGACAGAUCAUAUCACUUGAUCAUAUUACUUGAGUGCUUGUGUGAAGGGGGUUUAAGGCUCGAUUCUAUAAGAUGUGCAAAUAAAAAAACGGAAAAAUUCCAAAUAAAGUACUUACGUAUCUGAUUAUAUGUAAGUCAUUGUAAUAGUACUUAAAAGUAAUACAGACGGUAAGUAGUAGUCAUUGAAAAGUAAGUGGUUAUGUAAGUAAAGCCAUUACUUAGUUUUUUUCUGGGAUAGUCAGGUUAUUAUUUGUUAUUAGACUCCCAUUGCAUCGAGUUUUGAUAUUCGUCUUACAAGUUUGAUCGACCUCCUAAUAAGAGAGACUGAAUUAAUAUUGACUAAGUGGGAACAUUGUGUGUUUUCAUCUAAGUUUCAUUUGGCUGGUUCUGUUAAACGAAUCACUCGGGUGAUAAGUAUUUGCUUAAAAAUGUGGAUUAUUCUUAUAGCAUCUCCAAUUUGACAUUUCGAUGGCAAUAGAUACACAAUUCGCGAACGUGAUGCGAACUCUUGCUACCAAAGUUUAUAUCUUUUAUUGCAGCUUUCAAAAUGUCCGUAAGAAGGACUCUGUAUAGCUUUCUGAGCUUAAUGCUAUUUCCAGUAGAAUUUAAAAAAAAGUGAUGUCACAACUCUCAAAUAUCGCUGUGUCUGCAAAGGUAUCUCAACAGUGAAGCGUGGGUUGUCAAAUCUGAAAAUUUGAUCGUUGACACAUGCAACGAUAAAACCCAUAUAUUGGGCUCCAGUUCCCUACCGAUUGGAAUUAUUAUUUUGGAGCUUAUAUGUUUUGUAGACCAGAGAUGCUGUAAAAAGUUUUUGAUAAUUUUUCUCGCGAUAAGCUCAAAAUUACGGAAUUUUUGAGACCCAUUUCGGAAAAAUUACAAUUUUAUUUAUUAUACUAAAAUCAGAAUAUUCCAUCGCUGGUAGGGAGGCCCUUUGAAAAGAAAUCAAAUUUCUCAUAUAUAGAACAUUAACACGCAUCGUUUAAGAGGUAUUUCUACAAAAAAGUGGUCCACGAAACACCUUAAUGUAUUUCGAAAUUCGUCAUAUAAACAGAUUCAGUAAACGUUUCUUGAGGUAGUGACCAGUUACAGUUCUGACACUUUUUAUUUACUUAAAUCUGAUAAUGAUCUAGAAGCUUUAGCGGCAAAUUAUAUAAAGGUUUUAUAAGAUUUAAGAGAAUUUGUUUAUAUAGAGGUUAUAAAAAAAGCUUUUCAUAAUACUUUCUGAAUCUUAUUUACAAAUCAACAUUUAAAGUUAAAUAAUUUUCUCAAUUUAAUAUUAUCAAUAAUAAAUUGUGAAUAUUUUUUUAGCUUAAAUUCAAUUCAAAACACGCUUUUCUUUUGGUUCAACUCUAUUCAUCAGUUAUUGUUGUAAUUUUGGUUUUAAAUCAUCAACUGCUUCAAUGCUUCUUCUUUGUUUUUUUCUAUUAAAAUUUUUAUCAUUAUUCUUAGCCAACAACAGCAUUGACUUCAAUCAACAACAGCAACACAAAUACUUUCAUUGUGUAUAAACAAAAAGUUAAAACCUAUACGUACUCUUACUACAUUUAGUUACGUCAUAUUUAGACGUCAUAUAUUUAUGAUUGUAUAUUUUCAUAUUGUUGUACUCUAUACUCUUUAAUAUUACUUAUGUAGUGUUCAACUUCUCUCUACUUAAAUAAAACUUAAACAAUGAAAAUUGCAAAACAAACAGAAAAAAAAUUAUUUUUUUUUUGUCAUAUACUAAGUAUGUACUACCCAAAUACUUGUCCAAUCUAUAUAUAAUUAGGCCUGGAGGUGCUAUACGCACCCUGCAUCCAUUGCAGCUACAAGCUGAAUGCAAUGUAAUUUCCAAUAGUGGAUUUCAUCAAAUACCCGUUGAUGUAGCGAUGCCUGCGGAACGUGCUGAACAAGUUGCACAGGUUGAAUGUGAUGUGGAGACGUUGAAAAAAUUGAAAUUAGGUCUAAGAUCAACACUCUGGUCACGUCCGGCCUCAACAACUUCACAUUUGUUACGUCAACAACAGCAGCAACAGCAAAGACCGCAAGAGAAUCGUCCCAUAUCUCAGCCACAAUUACAGCAACUGCAACAGCAACAACAACAGCAGCAAUUGCAACCACAGCAACAACAACAACAACAAGUUGUACAUAAAAACCAACAGCAACAAUCAUCAACAUCACCAUCGCCCUCAUCCGCAACAACAGCAACACAAAAACAACAACAACAACAGCAAUCACGACAACAUUCACCAGCACCCACACAAAAACUUUUAACUGAAAAAUCCGAUUAUUCCAUAUCGGUGUGAGAUAAAUAUUAGUAAUCCUUUUACUUAGUUAUUGUUGUUGUUAAAAAUUACAAUUUAAUUAAAGAAACGACUUCCUCGAUAUACAGAAAACAAUAAUUAAUUGAAAUUAAGAUGGAAUCUAGUAAGAAAAACAUUUAAUAUUAAUUAGACUGCAACUAACUACAGCGUUUAGCUAACUAUUAUUCAUAGUUGUACAAAUAUUUACUUCCAUUAAACACUUUUUAUUUGUGGUCUUUUCUAAGUCAAACAAGCUCGGUGUUGAUGAAAAUUUGUUCAUAUUGUUUAAUUAGUUUAAUUAGUUUAAACGAUAUGAAAGUAAGGAAAAUGAAAAGUAUUUGUGUAUGUGUUUUGUGUCAGUUUUUUUCAUAAGUAUUUCUGCCCAGUAGGAAAUUAUAAGUGGUUUAGCUUUGAAAAUACUUCCCUAUAAUUCAAAAUUUUAUUGUUUUAGUUCUACUAAAACGAUCUGUUGUACCCAUCAAAAAAGUGAGACUUGCAACGGUGUUUUUAUGUUGCAUACAACACUCUGAAAUAUUGCUCGUAUAUUCUUCUUAAAAGCUAUUUUUUCAUAUCAUUCGUGUCAUCGUGAAAUUGAUGUCGUUUGGCAUGAUUAGACAUGCAUUGAAUUAUCUGAAUUUAAUGAUGAAACAGUACAGCGAAAGAAGAGGAUUGUGGCUCUCACCUGUCUUCUGUUCUGGAGAGUCUUAUCAAAGUUUGAUUCUAUAUCACUCAGAACGACAUUUUAUUUAAAGACAAGUAUUUGAUUUUCAGUUUCUUAUAUAAUGUUAGGAUCACUUAUGGACCAAUCCAAGCAACAACGGAAUGUGUAAAUUGGAUUAGAAUCAAUCUAAAUGUAUGAAAGUUUUAACUGAAUACUCUUCCAAAAGUAAUGUUUACAUCAUAUGGGUAACAGGUCACUCGGGAGUAGUCGACAACAAAAGGGCCAACGUAAUAGCUUUAAAGGGAAGGGAGCUCGAGAUAGUUAACCUGACGAAUGCCAAACCAUUUGACGCAAGUAAAUAUGAGUAAGAGAAUCCCAUAAGGCCUCUUGGAAUAAUGAAAUGCUGGGUAGCAUCACAAAGAUCCUAUGGGGUGACCCUGAUGAGAGCAAAAUGAGCAAGUCUGAGGUUAGAAUGAUGGUACGUAAUCUGAGUGGACACACAGGAGCACGUCUAUACAAUAUUGGAAAGGACAGUGAAAUUCUGUAGCAUUUUCUUUGCCGCUGUCAGGCAUUCGUUGAAGUAAGAUCCAAGUAUCUUGGAAGUGAUGUUAUUCCGGAAAUUACAUUCUUCACUAAAACUGAUUGGAAAAUUCGUAGGAAUUACGUCCAGAAAACUGAGUUUCUGAACAUUGAAAAACAAUAAUUUUUUUUCCAUGAAAAGGAACACAAAACAAGCCCGAUAGAGGCCUAGGUCUAUUUCUUCGGAUAGAUAAUGCAACAUGUAGCCUAGCAUAUUCUAAGAGUUUUUUAGCCAAUUAGUUGCACUAACACUAGCUUUGAAUACGUUGUUAUAACGUUUCAAAUAUGGCCAAAAAUGGACAUCUAGUGGUCCUAUGACAUAGAGGAUUAAAAUCUGUGAUCAUUUGAUUUUUAAGUUUGUAUGUAUAUACAAGUCUAUUCUCUGGCAAAAUUAGAGGCCCUAGGAAAAAACAGGAUUAAAUCCGUGAUCAAAUGAUAAACUUUUUAAUGAAAGAAUAAAAGUUCAUUUUCUGGCGAAAUUAGAGUGAAAACAUAGAAGUCCAUUUUCAGCCUAAACUAUAGCCCUUAGAGCAAAAUCUGUGACAACACUUUGUUGCACUCAAAUAACGAUUUUUGAGUGUAAAAGGGAUUAAGAUCUGUGUUCACUUUUAUUUCCCACUAUAAUUAGAUUUUUGAGUGAAACAUAAAAAUCCAUUUUCGUUUUUGAGUUGAUUAAGCCACGUCCGUCUGUCUGUCUGUCUGUCUGUCUGUCUGUCUGUCUGUCUGU